AUGUCCACCACCGCACGCGCGGCCACGAUUCGGUCUCAUGCUCCGAUUCUCAGAGCCGCGCAUGGCUCUCGGGCCGUUUCAUACUCGGCCCUGCCGGCUCAGACCUUGAAGUUGUCUUCCAGGAGUACUCUCCAGCACAGUCGUCUUCCCGUCUCCCAGAUCGUGUCGCCGUUUGCCGCUCUUCCCUUGACCCGUUCUUUCCACGUCGCCAACUCCCUUUUCCAACAACAGCAACAGCAGCAGAAGGAGGAAAAGAAGGGCGAGGAGAACAAGUCCGAAUCCGAAGGCCAGGAGUCUAAGGAGGAGGGAGAGAAGAAGGAAAAGAAGGAAGAUGCUCCGCCGCCACCACCCCAUGGAGACAAGUCUCCAUGGCAGGUGUUCCGUGACACUCUCCAGACCGAGUUCAAGGCUUCUAAGGAAUGGAAUGAGUCUACCAAGGCUUUGGCUUCCUCGGCGCAUGAGUUCAGUGAGAGUGAGAACAUCAAGCGCGCUCGUGAGGCCUACAAGGCUGCAUCUGGAGCUGCCACUACCCGCACUGGUGCCGCGUUGAAGUCCACUGGUCAAGUGAUUGGAAAGAGUGCGGCUUGGACAUGGAACACUCCAGUCGUGAAAGGUGUGCGUCUGGGUGUUAACGCCACUGGUGCGGGUCUUGAGAAGGCCACCCGACCCGUCCGUCAGACCGAGGCUUACAAGAGCGUGAAGGACGCCAUUGACGAUGGUAGCAGUUCUCGCUACGGUGGAUGGGUUGAGAAGGAAGAGCGCCGCAAGCGCCGCGAGGAGUUGGAGGCCAAGUAUGGAAAGUCGGAUAAGAUCGAGUCGAUGACUGAGGAUCCCAAUGCCGGCACCAACGUUACUCUCCACAAGGAUGCUGCUUGGAAGGAAUCUUGGCGCACUUUCCGUGACUCCAACCCCAUGAUGCAAAAGCUCUUCGACGCCCGAAAUGUUUACGAGGAGUCUGAGAACCCUCUCAUCUCUACUGCGCGUAGCAUUACUGAUCGUAUCGGUGGAUUCUUUGCCGAGAAUGAGACUGCUCGCGUCAUCAAGAAGUUCCGUGAGAUUGACCCGAACUUCCAGAUGGAAGAGUUCCUGCGUGAACUCCGUGAAUAUAUGUUGCCAGAGGUUCUCGAUGCUUACGUCAAGGGUGACAUUGAGACCUUGAAGCUGUGGCUGUCCGAUGCUCAGUUCUCCGUCUAUGCCGCUCUUGCCAAGCAAUACACUACAGCCGGCCUCCGCUCGGAUGGUCGUGUGCUGGACGUCCGUGGUGUUGAUGUUUCCAACGCUCGUCUGUUGGACCCUGGUGACAUCCCCGUUUUUGUCGUUACCUGCCGCGCCCAGGAAGUCCACGUGUACCGCAACGUGAAGACUGGCAAACUCGCUGCUGGUAUGGAGGACAAGGUCCAGUUGGUGACCUACGCUAUUGGUUUGACUCGCAUUCCCGAGGAAGUCAACAACCCUGAGACCCGUGGCUGGAGAUUGAUUGAGCUCCAGAAGGCUGCUCGCGACUACAUUUAA